AUGGUCUUGUUUCUUCCACGUUUUCAUCCUCCUCCUCCACCUCCUCCUCCUCCUCCUCCUCAUCAUCAUCAUCAUCAUCAUUUCCUCUUCUUCAUUUUUCGUCAUUCAUCAUCAUCACAAUCACCAUCAUCUUUUUCUUCGUCUUUCAUUUUUUCUUCAUCUUUUACUUCUUCUUCUUUCACCAUCAUCAUCAUGAUCAUCUUUUUCAUUUUUAUUCUUUCAUCAUCAUCAUCAUCAUCAUCACCAUCCACAUCAUCUUUUUUGGUCGUUAUCUUUCUUCUUUUUCAUAAUCUUUUACUUUUCUUCUUUCAUCAUCAUCACCAUCAUCAUUUUUUCGUCUUUCAAUAUGACCUUUCUCUUCGUCCUGUUUUUUCUUCAUCUUUUACUUUUUCUUCUUUCUUCAUCAUCAUCAUCAUCAUCAUCGUAUUUCUUCGUCUUUUCUUCUUCUUCUUCCUUCGUCAUCGUCUUCUUCCUUCUUCGUCUUAUUCUUGUUUCGUCCUUCAUAGUCUUCUUCUUCUUCUUGAUUUAAUCGCAUUCAUUUUUCUUUCUUUUUCUUUCUUGCUUUGUUAA